UUUUAAUUGAAUUAUUAAAUAUAAAAUAACUAGAAACAAACAUGAAUAUUUCUAAAGCAACUGGAGAACAAAAACUACAACUGUGUCGCACAUAUUUUCGUGCAGGCUUUGCAUUAUUGCCGUUUCUGUGGGCGGUGAAUUUUUGUUGGUUUUUCAAAGAAGCCUUCACCAGACAAACAUAUCCGGAGCAGUCACAAAUUAAAAAAUACGUCAUCUACUCAGGCCUUGGAACGUUUGUGUGGACAGUGGCUUUAACGAUUUGGAUUAUUAUCUUCCAAACACAACGUGCCGAGUGGGGAGCAACUGCAGACUAUAUGAGUUUUAUUAUUCCACUGGGAAAACCUUAGACACGGACACUAUUCCAAUUUUUAUACAUACAACCUAGGAAAUAAGUUAUACGAAAAGAAGAUUUAAGUGUUAAACAAUAAUGUUUUGGAACGAUAAAUGCAAUUUAACAUAAACAAUGUAAAAUUUGAUAAAUAUACUGAAAUUAUGAAUCAUAAAA